AUGUCUUCUUUGUUUCAGGAAGUAUCACUUAGAAAAGUUAUUGCAGAUAAGGCAUAAGUAACAGUAACUUUAUUAGAUAGAAAAUAGCGGUUCUUGUAAUGAUGUUAAAGGACAUAUAAAAAGAAGAGGAGGAAAUUUUGAAAUAAUUUAACAAAAUGACUAAAGAUGCUCGAACGAUCAAUGAAUUGUAUGAGAUUACGGAAAUGAUUAACUAUGAGAUGAGUGUUAGGAAUGACGACAAAAUGAUGAUCCUAGAUGAAAUAGUUCAUCAGGAAGAGCAACUGUAAGUAGUUGAAUAUAUUUCAGGCUGACUGAGUAGGCGAGUUUAUAGAAGCAAAUCAAUAGUAUAUCAAAAGAUUUAGAGACAUCAGAGAAGUUUCAAUAGACACGUUCUCUACGUCAAACUGGAAGAUUCAUGUAGUUAAUCAUAACAAUCAUAAUAUGAAUGUAGAGACUAAAAGUGUUUAAUCAAACAUAAUUACAAGUUAUGAUUUUGAGAAGAAUAGUUAUGUUGAUGAUUUGAUUUGAGUAUAAUCAAAGUUGAAUGAUAAAAUUCAAGAUAAUAUAUUUAAUGAUCCAAUUAAAUAUGAUACACAAGAAGGAAUUGAUGAAACUCAAGUUUAUGAUUGGAUUCUUGAUAUAGACCUCAUAAAUAAUGUAUAACAAGGUUGGACAGUCUAUAUAAGCAAAUAAUUCUAAGCAAAUAAAGAAUUGGUAGAUUAGCAAAUAACGAUAAAAAAACUUAAAUCAAAUGGGAAGGAGCUGCAGUUGACGUUGUAGGAUUGUAUGAUAAAGGUAAAACCUUUGUAUUGAAUAAUCUUACUUAAUCUAAUUUACCAUCAGGAAAAAAAAGUGACUAUAAAAGGAAUUUCUUUUAAACAUGUGGAUGUUGACUCUGGUACUUAAUUAAUUUUGAUUGAUACUGCUGGAAGUGAUUCUCCAGUUAAAAUUUAAUCAGCAAUGAGUAUUGUUGAAAAAGAAUUAACUGAACAUAUCAUCAUAGAUUUUAGUUUUUGA